CGUACAGGUAUAUUACUCUCAUUUUCUAUUAAAAAUAAUGAAGAUUCAAGUUAUAUUUUUCGUGGCUUUGCUGAAUUUUCUUUAUAGCAAACCAAAUGCAGCUUUUCUAAAUUCUAUCACAAAUAUUGGAAAGCAUCUUGGGAUUAAUUCCUUGUUAAAACACGACAGCGCCAGAAGCAAUGAUAAACAUCUGGGUUUAGAGAUUCAUGAUGGAAUUAGUUCGGAAAAUUUGCCUGAAGGCGGUAUAAAAAAAGCUGUUAAACUUGGACUUACUGCGAGUGAUGGCCGCCAUCACGAUAAACACGUUGACUUUGAUAUUUCUUUAGAUCAUCAUAAAAAGAAAGCUCAGAGCCAAGAUCAAAUCGAUGUAGGAAAACAUCAAAUAGGUGAAAUGAGCGUAGAAAUUGGCGGGUCUACAGGCCAUGAGGACAGUCACCAUAUAAAAAUUGAUGAUGAAAAUGCAGUAGACAAACAUCCACAUCACUCAACCAAUUUACAAGCUCGUCUCGAAUUGAACAAAGAAAAACAUUUAGAACUCGGUAAAAAGGCAAAUGUCCUUUUGAAUGCGAUCAAAACUAAACAUUUAGAGCAUGCCGAAAAGUUGAAAGCUGAUUUAGAAGCGAAGAAAAAAAAACUAUUGGGAGACAACAAAGGUUUAAACAUCCAUUUGAAUAAAGAUAAAAACUUAGGAAAGUCGGUAAAUAUAGGUGCUGACAUUGGAUUAAAUAUCAGAAGCGGAUUGUCAGGAGGAAUAAAAAAUGGAAAUGUAGGUUCAAGUACUAAUCAACAAGAUGGCUUCCGAAACCAAGAAGAAGCGUCAAUUGGGAGUGAAGUAGAGGUUUUUGAUGUUAACGAGCAUGGAAUAAAAAAAGAUUCUUCUAUACAUCAUGGGAUAAAGGAAAAACUUCGCGGCUAUGACCAGCGAUUCUAUCACGAUCCUGAAAAUGAUAAAAAUCAUCAGCAUAAUCAUCUCAUUGAUGUAGGAAAACAUCGUUUGGGUGAAGUAACUGUAGAUAUUGGCGGAUCUAUAAACCCUAAAGACAGUGACCACAUAAAGACUGAUGGUAAAAAUGCAGUAGACAAACAUACAGAUCACUUAUUCAAUUUGCAAGCUGAUCUCGAAUUGAACAAACAAAAACAUUUAGAACUCGGUAAAAAUGCAAAUGUCCUUUUGAAUGCGGUGAAAACUAAACAUUUGGAGCAUGGUGAAAAGUUGAAAGCUGAUUUGGAAGCGGAAAAAGAAAAACUAUUGGGACACAACAAAGACUUAAACAUCCAUUUGAGCCAAGAUAAAAACUUAGGAAAGUCGGUAAAUAUAGGUGCUGACAUUGGAUUAGACAUCAGAAGCGGUCUGUCGGAAGGAUUAAAACGUGGAAAUAAUGGUUCAAAUAACAAUCAACAAGGUGAAUAUGCAACCAAGUUGCGAGCCGAUCUCGAAUUGAAUAAUCAAAAACAUUUAGAACUCGGUAAAAAUGCAAAUGUCCUUUUGAAUGCGGUGAAAACUAAACAUUUGGAGCAUGGUGAAAAGUUGAAAGCUGAUUUGGAAGCGGAAAAAGAAAAACUAUUGGGACACAACAAAGACUUAAACAUCCAUUUGAGCCAAGAUAAAAACUUAGGAAAGUCGGUAAAUAUAGGUGCUGACAUUGGAUUAGACAUCAGAAGCGGUCUGUCGGAAGGAUUAAAACGUGGAAAUAAUGGUUCAAAUAACAAUCAACAAGGUGAAUAUGCAACCAAGUUGCGAGCCGAUCUCGAAUUGAAUAAUCAAAAACAUUUAGAACUCGGUAAAAAUGCAAAUGUCCUUUUGAAUGCGGUGAAAACUAAACAUUUGGAGCAUGGUGAAAAGUUGAAAGCUGAUUUGGAAGCGGAAAAAGAAAAACUAUUGGGACACAACAAAGACUUAAACAUCCAUUUGAGCCAAGAUAAAAACUUAGGAAAGUCGGUAAAUAUAGGUGCUGACAUUGGAUUAGACAUCAGAAGCGGUCUGUCGGAAGGAUUAAAACGUGGAAAUAAUGGUUCAAAUAACAAUCAACAAGGUGAAUAUGCAACCAAGUUGCGAGCCGAUCUCGAAUUGAAUAAUCAAAAACAUUUAGAACUCGGUAAAAAUGCAAAUGUCCUUUUGAAUGCGGUGAAAACUAAACAUUUGGAGCAUGGUGAAAAGUUGAAAGCUGAUUUGGAAGCGGAAAAAGAAAAACUAUUGGGACACAACAAAGACUUAAACAUCCAUUUGAGCCAAGAUAAAAACUUAGGAAAGUCGGUAAAUAUAGGUGCUGACAUUGGAUUAGACAUCAGAAGCGGUCUGUCGGAAGGAUUAAAACGUGGAAAUAAUGGUUCAAAUAACAAUCAACAAGGUGAAUAUGCAACCAAGUUGCGAGCCGAUCUCGAAUUGAAUAAUCAAAAACAUUUAGAACUCGGUAAAAAUGCAAAUGUCCUUUUGAAUGCGGUGAAAACUAAACAUUUGGAGCAUGGUGAAAAGUUGAAAGCUGAUUUGGAAGCGGAAAAAGAAAAACUAUUGGGACACAACAAAGACUUAAACAUCCAUUUGAGCCAAGAUAAAAACUUAGGAAAGUCGGUAAAUAUAGGUGCUGACAUUGGAUUAGACAUCAGAAGCGGUCUGUCGGAAGGAUUAAAACGUGGAAAUAAUGGUUCAAAUAACAAUCAACAAGGUGAAUAUGCAACCAAGUUGCGAGCCGAUCUCGAAUUGAAUAAUCAAAAACAUUUAGAACUCGGUAAAAAUGCAAAUGUCCUUUUGAAUGCGGUGAAAACUAAACAUUUGGAGCAUGGUGAAAAGUUGAAAGCUGAUUUGGAAGCGGAAAAAGAAAAACUAUUGGGACACAACAAAGACUUAAACAUCCAUUUGAGCCAAGAUAAAAACUUAGGAAAGUCGGUAAAUAUAGGUGCUGACAUUGGAUUAGACAUCAGAAGCGGUCUGUCGGAAGGAUUAAAACGUGGAAAUAAUGGUUCAAAUAACAAUCAACAAGGUGAAUAUGCAACCAAGUUGCGAGCCGAUCUCGAAUUGAAUAAUCAAAAACAUUUAGAACUCGGUAAAAAUGCAAAUGUCCUUUUGAAUGCGGUGAAAACUAAACAUUUGGAGCAUGGUGAAAAGUUGAAAGCUGAUUUGGAAGCGGAAAAAGAAAAACUAUUGGGACACAACAAAGACUUAAACAUCCAUUUGAGCCAAGAUAAAAACUUAGGAAAGUCGGUAAAUAUAGGUGCUGACAUUGGAUUAGACAUCAGAAGCGGUCUGUCGGAAGGAUUAAAACGUGGAAAUAAUGGUUCAAAUAACAAUCAACAAGGUGAAUAUGCAACCAAGUUGCGAGCCGAUCUCGAAUUGAAUAAUCAAAAACAUUUAGAACUCGGUAAAAAUGCAAAUGUCCUUUUGAAUGCGGUGAAAACUAAACAUUUGGAGCAUGGUGAAAAGUUGAAAGCUGAUUUGGAAGCGGAAAAAGAAAAACUAUUGGGACACAACAAAGACUUAAACAUCCAUUUGAGCCAAGAUAAAAACUUAGGAAAGUCGGUAAAUAUAGGUGCUGACAUUGGAUUAGACAUCAGAAGCGGUCUGUCGGAAGGAUUAAAACGUGGAAAUAAUGGUUCAAAUAACAAUCAACAAGGUGAAUAUGCAACCAAGUUGCGAGCCGAUCUCGAAUUGAAUAAUCAAAAACAUUUAGAACUCGGUAAAAAUGCAAAUGUCCUUUUGAAUGCGGUGAAAACUAAACAUUUGGAGCAUGGUGAAAAGUUGAAAGCUGAUUUGGAAGCGGAAAAAGAAAAACUAUUGGGACACAACAAAGACUUAAACAUCCAUUUGAACCAAGAUAAAAACUUAGGAAAGUCGGUAAAUAUAGGUGCUGACAUUGGAUUAGACAUCAGAAGCGGUCUGUCGGAAGGAUUAAAACGUGGAAAUAAUGGUUCAAAUAACAAUCAACAAGGUGAAUAUGCAACCAAGUUGCGAGCCGAUCUCGAAUUGAAUAAUCAAAAACAUUUAGAACUCGGUAAAAAUGCAAAUGUCCUUUUGAAUGCGGUGAAAACUAAACAUUUGGAGCAUGGUGAAAAGUUGAAAGCUGAUUUGGAAGCGGAAAAAGAAAAACUAUUGGGACACAACAAAGACUUAAACAUCCAUUUGAGCCAAGAUAAAAACUUAGGAAAGUCGGUAAAUAUAGGUGCUGACAUUGGAUUAGACAUCAGAAGCGGUCUGUCGGAAGGAUUAAAACGUGGAAAUAAUGGUUCAAAUAACAAUCAACAAGGUGAAUAUGCAACCAAGUUGCAAGCCGAUCUCGAAAUGAGUAAUCAAAAACAUUUAGAACUCGGUAAAAAUGCAAAUGUCCUUUUGAAUGCGGUGAAAACUAAACAUUUGGAGCAUGGUGAAAAGUUGAAAGCUGAUUUAGAAGCGGAAAAAGAAAAACUAUUGGGACACAACAAAGACUUAAACAUCCAUUUGAGCCAAGAUAAAAACUUAGGAAAGUCGGUAAAUAUAGGUGCUGACAUUGGAUUAGACAUCAGAAGCGGUCUGUCGGAAGGAUUAAAACGUGGAAAUAAUGGUUCAAAUAACAAUCAACAAGGUGAAUAUGCAACCAAGUUGCAAGCCGAUCUCGAAUCGAAUAAUCAAAAACAUUUAGAACUCGGUAAAAAUGCAAAUGUCCUUUUGAAUGCGGUGAAAACUAAACAUUUGGAGCAUGGUGAAAAGUUGAAAGCUGAUUUGGAAGCGGAAAAAGAAAAACUAUUGGGACACAACAAAGACUUAAACAUCCAUUUGAGCCAAGAUAAAAACUUAGGAAAGUCGGUAAAUAUAGGUGCUGACAUUGGAUUAGACAUCAGAAGCGGUCUGUCGGGCGAAUUAAAAAGUGGAAAUAAUGGUUCAAGUAACAAUCAACAAGGUGAUUAUGCAACCAAGUUGCAAGCCGAUCUCGAAUUGAACAAACAAAAACAUUUAGAACUCGGUAAAAAUGCAAAUGUCCUUUUGAAUGCGGUGAAAACUAAACAUUUGGAGCAUGGUGAAAAGUUGAAAGCUGAUUUGGAAGCGGAAAAAGAAAAACUAUUGGGACACAACAAAGACUUAAACAUCCAUUUGAGCCAAGAUAAAAACUUAGGAAAGUCGGUAAAUAUAGGUGCUGACAUUGGAUUAGACAUCAGAAGCGGUCUGUCGGGCGAAUUAAAAAGUGGAAAUAAUGGUUCAAGUAACAAUCACCAAGGUGAUUAUGCAACCAAGUUGCAAGCCGAUCUCGAAUUGAACAAACAAAAACAUUUAGAACUCGGUAAAAAUGCAAAUGUCCUUUUGAAUGCGGUGAAAACUAAACAUUUGGAGCAUGGUGAAAAGUUGAAAGCUGAUUUGGAAGCGGAAAAAGAAAAACUAUUGGGACACAACAAAGACUUAAACAUCCAUUUGAGCCAAGAUAAAAACUUAGGAAAGUCGGUAAAUAUAGGUGCUGACAUUGGAUUAGACAUCAGAAGCGGUCUGUCGGGCGAAUUAAAAAGUGGAAAUAAUGGUUCAAGUAACAAUCAACAAGGUGAUUAUGCAACCAAGUUGCAAGCCGAUCUCGAAUUGAACAAACAAAAACAUUUAGAACUCGGUAAAAAUGCAAAUGCCCUUUUGAAUGCGGUGAAAACUAAACAUUUGGAGCAUGGUGAAAAGUUGAAAGCUGAUUUGGAAGCGGAAAAAGAAAAACUAUUGGGACACAUCCAUUUGAGCCAAGAUAAAAACUUAGGAAAUAUAGGUUCUGGUUUUGACAUAGAUAACAGAAUCGGAUUCUCAGGGCAAAUAAAAAGUGAAGAUGGCCGUACAAAUACAUUUCAACACGAUGUCAAGAGCAGCCAAGGAAACGAAAAAGAACCGUCCAUUGGGAGUACAGUAAAUGAGUUUGAUAAUUAUAGGAAUGAAAUAGAAAAAGCUUUUUCGCUGUAUCAUGUCAUAACAGAGAAACCUGACAAUGAUAAUCACAGUCAUCAUGACGGUUCAGUAAAAAAGGAAAAUUUUAACGACAAUCAACAAAUCGAUGUAGAAAAAUAUUAUAAAGGUGAAGUAGACGUAGGUCUUGGCAAGUCUAUUAGUCAUAAGGACAGUCACCAUGUGAAAAUUGAUGGUGAAAAUGCAGUAGACAAUCAUCCGGAUCACUCAACCAAUUUGCAAGCUAGUCUCGAAUUGAACAAAGAAAAUCAUUUAGAACACAAUAAAACAGGAAAUAUGCUUUUGAAUGCGAUAAAAACUAAACAUUUAGAGCAUGGUGAAAAGUUGAAAGCUGAUUUGGAAGCAGAAAAAGAAAAACUAUUGGAACAGAACAAGGAUUUAAACGUUCAUUCAAGUCAAGAUAAAAACUCAGGACAGUCGGUAAAUGUAGGUUCUGGUUUUGACAUAGAUAUCAGAAGCGGAUUUUCAGGGCAACUAAAAAGUGAUGAUGACCGUAGAAAUACAUUUCAACACGAUGUCAAGAGCAGCCAAGGAAACCAAAAAGAACCGUCCAUUGGGAGUACAGUAAAUGAGUUUGAUAAUUAUAGGAAUGAAAUAGAAAAAGCUUUUUCACUGUAUCAUGUCAUAACAGAAAAACCUGACAAUAAUGAUUACAGUCAUCAUAACAGUCUCGUUAAAAAAGAAAAUUUUCACGAUAAUCAACAAAAUGAUGUAGGAAAACUUUAUGAAGGUAAAGUAAGUGUAGAUAUUGGUGGAUCUAUAAGUCAUGAGAGCAGUCGCUAUAAUAGUACUGACGGCGAAGAUAUAGUAGACAAACAUCCGCAUAACUCAAUCAACCUGCUAUCCAGCUUAGAGUUAAACAAAAAAAAAUAUGGAGAACGCGAUAAAAAGGCAAGUCUUUUAUUCAAUGUGAUAGAAACAGAUCAUCCAGAGCAUGUCGAAAAGUCGGAAUUUGAUUUGGAAGCUGGGAAAAAAAAACUAUUGGAACACAACGUAGAUAUAAACAUCCAUUUGAAUGGAGAUAAAAACUCAGGACAAUUCAAAAGUAGCUCAAGUAAUGAAGGCAAAAUUACAUUCAAGGACCAUAAUGUAUCGUCUCAUCCAAGUCGAUUCAGUACAAGCCAAGAGAGAGAACUAAACACUCGCAACGGUCUUCAAUCGUCGUAUGCGAGUAACUUAAAUCACGCAGGUGGAAUUAAUAUUAAUGGCGAUAAUAAAUUGUCUCGUUUGGGUUUCAUAAGUUUUCGAAAAGGACUAAACGAAAACAGCCGUGACGGAUCGUCUCUUGCGAGUAGUUCAAGUCAUGUAGGUAAAAUUAAUAUCUACGGUGAUGGUGAAUGGUCUCAUUCAAGUAGUUCAAGCCAAGGGGGUGAAUCGAACAUUAACGACAUUUACGGAUCAUCACAGGCGAGUAGCUCGAUUCGAGGAGGUAACUUAAACGGCCUUGGUGGUCUUAAUAUUCAUAGAUAUUCAUAUCAGGUCCCGGCUGGUGUAGUAAAGUUAGAUGAAACAUAUACUUCAUCCAACGAUCACGGAAAAGAUAUAAACUUUGGCAUAAAUAAGCAAGUCGAACUUGACCACAGCACUGGGGUAGCGGGAUCACAUAGCGGAAUCAUGAAUAUCAAUGGCAACCUUGGAUUAUCUCAUUUGAGUAGUUCAAGCCAAGGUGGCGAAAUAAAUAUUAAUAGUGAUCAAGAAUCAUCUCAGACGAGUAACUUAAAUCACGUAGGUGGAAUUAAUAUUAAUGGCGAUGAUAAAUGGUCUCGUUUGGGUUUCAUAAGUUUCCGAAAAGGACAAAACAAAAACAGCCGUGACGGAUCGUCUCUUGCGAGUAGUUCAAGUCAUGUAGGUAAAAUUAAUAUCUACGGUGAUGGUGAAUGGUCUCAUUCAAGUAGUUCAAGCCAAGGGGGUGAAUCGAACAUUAACGGCAUUUACGGAUCAUCACAGGCGAGUAGCUUCAUUCGAGGAGAUGACUUAAAUGGCCUUGGUGGUCUUAAUAUUCAUAGAUAUUCAUAUCAGGUCCCGGCUGGUGUAGUAAAGUUAGAUGAAACAUAUACUUCAUCCAACGAUCACGGAAAAGAUAUAAACUUCGGUAUAAAUAAGCAAGUCGAACUUGACCACAGCACUGGGGUAGCGGGAUCCCAUAGUGGAAUCAUGAAUAUCAAUGGUAAUCUUGGAUUAUCUCAUAUGAGUAAUUCAAGUGACGGUGGCGAAUUAAAUAUUAAUAGUGGUCACGGAUCAUCUCUGGCGAGUAACUCAAGUCAUGGCGGUGAAAUUGAUGUCAACGGCAGUGUUGGAUCAUCUCAUUCUAGUAUUUCAAACUUGAAAGGUGGAUUAAGCAUCAACGGUGGUUUUGGAUCGUCUAAUGCCAGCAGCUCCAGUCAUGUAGGUAAAAUUAAUAUCAACGGUAAUGGUGAAUGGUCUCAUUCAAGUAGUUCAAGCCAAGGGGGUGAAUCGAACAUUAACGACAUUUACGGAUCAUCACAGGCGAGUAGCUCGAUUCGAGGAGGUAACUUAAACGGCCUUGGUGGUCUUAAUAUUCAUAGAUAUUCAUAUCAGGUCCCGGCUGGUGUAGUAAAGUUAGAUGACACAUAUACUUCAUCCAAUGAUCACGGAAAAGAUAUAAACUUCGGUAUAAAUAAGCAAGUCGAACUUGACCACAGCACUGGGGUAGCGGGAUCCCAUAGUGGAAUCAUGAAUAUCAAUGGCAAUCUUGGAUUAUUUAAUAUGAGUAAUUCAAGUGACGGUGGCGAAUUAAAUAUUAAUAACGGUCACGAAUCAUCUCUGGCGAGUAACUCAAGUCAUGGCGGUGAAAUUGAUGUCAACGGCAGUGUUGGAUCAUCUCAUUCUAGUAUUUCAAAUUUUAAAGGUGGAUUAAGCAUCAACGGUGGUCUUGGAUCGUCUAAUGCCAGCAGUUCCAGUCAUGUAGGUAAAAUUAAUAUCAACGGUGAUGGUGAAUGGUCUCAUUCAAUUAGUUCCAGCCAAGGGGACGAAUCGAACAUUAACGGCAUUUACGGAUCAUCACAGGCGAGUAGCUUCAUUCGAGGAGAUGACUUAAAUGGCCUUGGUGGUCAUAAUAUUCAUAGAUAUUCAUAUCAGGUCCCGGCUAGUGUAGUAAAGUUAGAUGAAACAUAUACUUCAUCCAACGAUCACGGAAAAGAAAUAAACUUAGGCAUAAAUAAACAAGUCAAACUUGACCAUAGUACCGGGGUAGCGGGAUCCCAUAGUGGAAUCAUGAAUAUCAAUGGCAAUCUUGGAUUAUCUCAUAUGAGUAAUUCAAGUGACGGUGGCGAAUUAAAUAUUAAUAGCGGUCACGGAUCAUAUCUGGCGAGUAACUCAAGUCAUGGUGGUGAAAUUGAUGUCAACGGCAGUGUUGGAUCAUCUCAUUCUAGUAUUUUAAACUUGGAAGGUGGAUUAAGCAUGAACGGUGGUCUUGGAUCGUCUAAUGCCAGCAGCUCCAGUCAUGUAGGUAAAAUUAAUAUCAACGGUGAUGGUGAAUGGUCUCAUUCAAGUAGUUCCAGCCAAGGGGACGAAUCGAACAUUAACGGCAUUUACGGAUCAUCACAGGCGAGUAGCUCCAUUCGAGGAGAUGACUUAAAUGGCCUUGGUGGUCAUAAUAUCCAUAGAAGUUCAUAUCUAGUCCCAGCUGAUGUAGUCAAGUUAGAUGAAACAUAUACUUCAUCCAACGAUCACGGAAAAGAAAUAAACUUAGGCAUAAAUAAACAACUCGAACAUGACCAUAGCUCAAGGGUAACGGGAUGGCAUAAUGGGUUAAUGAACAUGAAUGGCAAUCCUGGAUUAUCUCAUUUAAGUAGUUCAAGCCGCGGUGGUGUAUUUAAUAUCAAGAGUGGUCACGGAUCUCAGUUAAGUAGCUCAAAUGAGAAAGGUGAAACUAACGCCAAUGGCGGAGAUGGAUCGUCUCAUUCAAGUAGUUCAAUGCGCAGAGGAUCCAUAAACAUCAAUGGUGAUAAUGAUAGAUCGUCUUAUUGGAGUAUUUCAAACCACGGAAAUGAAAUGAACACCGAUGGUGAUUCUGGAUUAUCUAAUUGGCGUGGCUCAAGCCAUCGGUUCAUUAAUAUUAAUGGCGGUGAUGGAAUGUCCCAUUCAAGUAAUUCGAUUCAUGGUAGCGGAUUAAACACUAAUGGCAAUCUUGGAUCGUCCCAUUCAAGUAGCUCUAGUCAUGAAGGUAAAAUUAACAUCAAUGGCGGAGAUGGUUUGUCUGACUGGAGUAGUCUAAGUCACGAAGGUAAAAUUAACUUUAACGGUGAUUAUGGAUCAUCUCAUUGGAGUGAUAUGAGGGAUGGAGGACGUCGAUGGAUAGUUGACAUCAAUGGCGAUCACAGAUCGUCUCAUUCGAUUAGGUCAAGUGAUGUGGGUGGCAUUAAUGAUAAUAAUCAUUAUAGGUCAUCGCAUAGGAGUUGAAGAUUACAGAGAAUUUAUUAACAUCUAUAGUGAUGUUAGAUGAUCUCAUGCGAAUAACACAAGUGAUGUAGGUAAAAUUAAUGUCAAUUGGAACUAUGAAUUACCUCGUUGGACUCGCUGAAGCCAAGAAAGAUACAUUAAAUAAUAAUUUGAAUAAAUAAUAAUUAUAGAAAAAUGUCAUACGUUUUAUUCUUUUAUUGUAUCAGGAGAAUUUAUUUGAUCAUUAGAGAUUUUAAAGUUUUACGAUAAGAAAAUUGCAACUAGAUAUCUUAAUUUUGAGACGAAACUAUCGAUCUAUAGGUAUGAAGAAAAUUGAUUGUACAAUUUAUCCCAUCAAAUAAGUUAGGCUGGUUUCGUUGCGUAUAUAGGAUAAAAUAAGACCAAUUAUUUCUUCAAUUAGCAUUCUGUUGUCAAUACAUAAUUCAUACAAAAUAUAUAGUUCAAAAUUUACAGAUAAUGUCUUAAUUUAAUAACAAUUGAGCAGUAUGAUGAUACAAUUUGUGCACAAAAUGUUAUUUUCUGUCCACUAUAAUUUUUCUUCACUGACAUAGUUCAACUAUAAUAACACAAUAACUUUGCAAUAUAUCGAACUGGGUAAUUUUGAGAAUCUAGAAUUAGACAAAUUUAAAACUUCACUAAAAUAAAUAAAUAACUAUAUAUACCAAUCCUAUUAUAAACAAGGUAAAUUGAAAAUCAGAAAAUUCCGAAAGUUUCUGUACAUAUAAGAAUGCUUAAAUACAAGGAAAAAAUCGUUUUCUUUCCUUUUUACGAAUUAUUAAUAGUUCUGGUACGAUAUGCUACGAGGAUGGAUAUAAUAUACCACAUUCGUAUCACAAUAUAAAUUAUAUACACCUAAUUUAAACAAAAUAACUUAUAGGUAUUAGUGGUAAAAUAAGAAAAAAACAUUGGCUAGAUUGAUUGAUUUGUUAUACUUCUCAUUAAUUCAAAUGAAAUUAUGUAAUAAAAUAAUUAUUAAAUUUAGAUGUAAUAAAAUUAAAUACAACAGCUAA